AAGUGUUACGUUGCAUACGGAAUUAGUUCUAAACAAGCUGACACUUUUAAUGCAAUCAUCUUAAGAAACUGGUACUAAAUGUUCCAGUUCAUAUGUUCUCAUUGUAUGGUGGUCCAUGCACAGGAUUCAAUUUCGCUGUUUGUUUGAACAGCCCGUUUGGCUACGAUAUCAUCGUAUAAGGUACACUCCCUCCCAGCGUGUCUUCAGAGGGGAAGGUUUAACCAGUCGCUACACCAUUCAUUAACCGUGCUUCAGCAAACACGAAUGUCCCACUGACGAAUUCACAUAAUUUAAAUAAAGUAGAAACAACUGAAGGAUGCAACUCGUGCAGUGUUAAACUACUGUUGACUGACUGAAAACAACAAAUUACCGAAGGAGAAAUGGAGAAGCAAUCUCCGAAGGUUGAGCUGGAUGUGGACGAGCCGCCUCGACCGGAUACGGAGCUGGACUACAAGAAGCGGGAGACGUGGGGCUCGAAGUUCGACUUCCUGUUGGCGUGCAUCGGAUUCUCCGUGGGGCUUGGGAACGUCUGGCGGUUCCCGUAUCUCUGUUACAAGAACGGCGGAGGAGCCUUUCUUAUCCCAUACCUGAUCUGUGUCAUCGUCGGCGGCAUACCACUCUUCUUCCUAGAGGUCGCCGUCGGCCAGUUUAUGGGCGUAGCUGGGAUCAACGCCUGGAAACUCUGCCCAUUCUUCAGGGGUAUUGGUUUGUCCACUCUGAUCAUCGUCUUCUUCCUGAACUGUUACUACAACGUAAUCCUCGCCUGGGCGUUCAGAUAUUUCUUCGCGUCGUUCACGAGUAAGCUCCCUUGGACGGACUGUGAUCCAGCCUGGGCAACUAUACACUGCUCAGAGUUCGACCAGUCCAUAGACAACAGAUGUUCCUUUAAUGUUUCUGGCAACGUAACGGAGGUGGGCGCCUUGUUUAACGGCACAUGCAUCUCGUCGGCGGCGGCGGCGUUCCAGAACAUCACCAUCUACCUGUCGGCGCUCUACAACGAAACAAUCGGCUACCAGGUGGACCCCGUCACCGAAUACUGGGAGAUCAAUGUUCUAGAUAUCUCUGAGGGAAUACACGACAUUGGUAAGCCCAAGUGGGACCUCGUCCUGUGUCUGCUGUUAGCUUGGAUCGUCGUCUACCUCUGUAUCUGCAAGGGAAUCAAGUCGUCCGGGAAGGUUAUGUACGUGACGGCGACGUCCCCGUACCUGUUCAUGAUUGUGCUCUUGAUCCGUAACUGUCUGCUGGAGGGCGCCGGAAGCGGUAUCCUCUACUACCUUAAACCAGACUUCAGCAAGAUGUUGGACACACAGGUGUGGGUUGACGCAGGGACGCAGAUUUUCUUCUCCUACUCCAUCUCUGUAGGCGCUCUCACCGCGCUAGGCAGCUACAACAAGUUUAACCACAACUCAUACAGGGACGCCAUCAUUUUUGCGUGUGCGAACAGUGGUACGAGCAUCUUGGCAGGAUUCAUCAUAUUCUCCAUCCUUGGUCACAUGUCUCACCUACAGGACAAACCAAUAUCCGAAGUCGCCGAAGCAGGCCCAGGAUUGGCGUUCAUCGCGUACCCCAAGGCGUUGACUUUGCUCCCGGGCGCUCCAUUCUGGUCCAUUAUGUUCUUUCUCAUGAUCAUCUUGCUCGGAUUGGACAGUCAGUUUGUUGGUGUGGAAGGGGUGGUGACGGCGGUGGUAGACCAGUUUCCAGACUUCCUCCGGAAGGGAUACCGGCGGGAGGUCUUCAUCGCCUUUGUCUGCUUCCUUUGUUUCCUCGUCGGCCUCCCCAUGGUCUGCCCGGGCGGGAUGUAUGUGUUCCAGCUGUUUGACUACUAUUCCGGAAGUAAAAUCAUCCUGUUUGUAGCCGCAUUCUCUUGUAUAGCAGUAGCAUGGUGUUACGGAAUCCGUCGUUUCUAUGACAACCUAGCCAUGAUGUACGGUUGGCGAAUUAACCCAUACAUGGCCGUGUGCUGGACCGUUCUGUCUCCUAUAUUCUGCAUGGUGAUAUUUAUUCUCAGCGCUAUAAGCUAUUCAGAGCUUGACUACAAGCGACCGAAGGGCACUUACACCUACCCUCAGUGGGCGGUGAGCAUCGGGUGGACGAUGGCCGCGUUCGCCGCCGUCUGGAUUCCCAUUGGUUGGCUCUACCACAUAAUCAGAUACGGCUCCAGCUGGGAGAGGUUUAGGCUAGUGUUCAGACCGCUGGAUCUGCAGGAUCACCAAUUGCGGCCUCAGGACCACGGGGAGCCGAGCCUGGCGGACCUCAACCGGCCCCGGAAGUACAGCGACUACGGCUCCAACCAGCAACAGCCAUAUACCGUUCCAGAAAAGCCCCCACAAUAUCAGGAGUGUGUAUUGAAGAACCGCAAUGUGCAGCCUCCCAGCGACGCGAUUGGGAUGGACAACCCUGCCUACACCACGUCAAAUCCGCCCACAUCCACUAGACUCUAACAACCACCUUACAUUCCAUACACAUAUUAGAGUACGUUUUCAAAAAGUGUCUAAACUGUUUUUAUUUCAACAUCAUCAGGAAAAACAUUAAUUCUGCAUAAUAGUGUUCACAGGCUGGAACACGAUUUAUUGAAUAGUUUCUGAUCAACAGAAUCGUUUAUGGACCUUACACCCUAUCAUUUUCUCUCCUCUAUUGUCAUUUAUUUUUUAUUCUACAUACCGUAACCAUUUUAUUAUACAAAAUGUAUAUUAUUUUAUAUGAACUUUCAAUAAAUUUAUUUUAGUA